GACGCGUUUACCGCGCGCGGUUUGUUUUUCUUUUUGGUAAGACAGUGAGCAGGAAUGGCUGCCAAUCCCUGGAAUCCCACCCAGCCCUCGGCGGCUGCUCUGCUGAUAGAGAAAUGCCUGGGGCGAGGUGUCCUGACACAGGUAACCCAGAGCAGGGCCUGGCAGGGGCAUCACCUGCUUGUUAGUGGCUCCAUGUGGUGGUGGUGGUGGUUGAUGAUGAUGGUGGUGGUGGUGGUGGUGGUUGAUGAUGAUGUGGUGGUGGUGGUGGUUGUUGUGGUUGUUUCAGGUACAUAUUAUAUCUGAGUCCUGGGAGAUUCAUCAUGUCACAGCAGCAUUAAUAUAAGGGGAAUUUUAUUUCCAAGACUGUCCGGCGAGCGGAUAAUUCCAAGAAAUUCACAGAUUUUAAUUGGCCGCCACGUUCGCCCGGCCUUUCAGCUCCCGGUUUUACUUCCUGCGGAGCUACGUGAAGGAGCGGGUGGAUGUAAACAAACCGCAAACACUUCAGCAGCUCAGCGAGAAUACACGCUAGAGCCUCAAACAUUAAAGGGACACUCCAGGCACCCAGACCACUUCUGCCCAUUGGAGUGGUCUGGGUGCCAACUCCCACCACCCUUAACCCUGUAAAUGUAAAACUGCAAUAAUUACUUUGUAGGGUUAAGUCCUCCUCUAGUGGCUGUCCAUCAGACAGCCACUAGAGGGACUUCCGUGUUCUUAGAAAACAAAAAGUGUUUUUUUUUUUUGUGUUUUUUUUUAAAGACGCUGGACAUCCUCACGCUAUGCAUUAGGGCCUCCAGCGUCGCCGGAUUCCUCAUAGGUAAGCAGAACACGAAAAGUGUUUUAAACUACGCUGGGCGUCCUCACACUAUGCAUGAGGAACCCCAACGUUGCCGGAAUUCCCAUAGGAAAGCAUUGAAUAAUGUUUUUCUAUGGGGAGGUAUAAUGCGCACGGCCAUUGCUGCGCAUUAGGUCUCCCUUGCCAGCUGAUGUCGGUGGGGGAGGAGCGUGGGCGGAGCCUGACCCAGCGCCGAGCGACAUCGGUGCUGGAUUCAGGUAAGUCACUGAAGGGGUUUUAACUCCUUCAGCAACAUGGGGUGGGAGGGAGAGGGGCACUGCAGGAUCCUGCAGUGCCAGGAAAACUGAUAUGUUUUCCUGGCACUGGAGAGUCCUUUUAACUAAUAUUAUGAAAAAUACAAAUUGUAAGAGCCUGACUUUGCGAGGCUUCAAGUGGAGCUCUUUUAAAAGAAGUACUCUGACGUCCUGGUCGUACAAAUCUCCAUAUGCUAAGCAUUCAUUGUAUGUAAUAUCAUUGAAAUUGGUUCAUUAAUGUUAUUGACUCCUCAAACCCUACUUUGAAUUUUGUCCUACUGUCUAUCAUAUGUUGUGACAUAUAUCUUUUAAAGCUUGUGCUUGUAUCUGAAAUCCACUUGCAUAUGUACCAAGCGCAGAGCAUGACAGAGAUGUGGAAUUCAUAUCGUCCGACGCCUGGGACAAGCAGUUCAUGGCGAGCAGUUUUUUUUAUUAGUUUAGCCCUGCGGCAAUGCUGCUUGGGUGUUAAUGUAGUGGAAGGACUGGAUGCGGCAGUGCUGCUUGGGUGUUAAUGCAGUGGAAGGACUGGAUGCGGCAGUGCUGCUUGGGUGUUAAUGCAGUGGAAGGACUGGAUGCGGCAGUGCUGCUUGGGUGUUAAUGUAGUGGAAGGACUGGAUGCUGCAGUCUGGAGCCAGCUAGGGUCUGCAGUGCUUUGCUAGGCACGGGGAGAAAAGAGGAGUGACAGCCCCUCUUUGCGAUGCUCAGAGCUGAUGGUCGCCAGGAGCAUGACAUCAUAUCCCGGCGGUCGGCACUCUGUGCAUGGAGUGAAGGGACAAGCUGCAUAGCGACUGCUGGACCAUGAAGGCUACUGGUCAUGUGAUGGAACACUCCUAUUGUAGAGAAUAAAAAUCUCUGCAUGUGGCUCAGAGUGUGAGUAUGGAGUAUGUGUAUUUGUGGGUAUGUGUGUGUUAGAAUGACAGUGUUUGAGUCAGUGUGUGCUGCAGUGUAGGUGUCAAAACAAUAAAGCAUGUUUGUGAGGACAAGGUUUGAUUAAACAAUUUUAAACUUUCACUUUUAAAACUAUUAUGCAUAUAUACUAAACAUGUGUAUUAAAGUAUUUACGUGUGUGUUAAAAAAAAAAACUCCUAUUGUAGAGAAUAAAAAUCUCAAUCACAUUACUUUAAAAAUACAGCCAAUAUGCAACACACACACAUUGCACACAGGCAGCGGUACUCGGUGCGCAGUCAUGCUGCAAGCAGGCAGCCCCACUAUACACUCUAUCAGGGUGUGAGUUUUUGCAAGUUAAAUCCAAAUGGUAAAACGAGAGAGAGAGAGAGAGAGAGAGAGAGAGAGAUGUAGAUAGAUAUAUUUUAUUAUUAUAUUUUUAUUUUUUACAGCAAAGUUAGACUAUUCCCAUCUGCUAUUUUUGCUUCUAUUUGUCCAUUUAAAUUUAAUUUGUGUAAAUAAUCUUUGCCUGUAGCACUGUCACUGCUCUAGGCAAGAGCUCCCCAAUCUUUUUAACUUAUUUUAUUUUGUGUCAGGGCAAGUAGGUUGUCCUUAUGGUAGAUUGGGCUACCACUUUAGUACCUUAGACAAGUAGUUUUUUAUUUUAUUAUUUUUUUUAUUCUUGCUGUAUUUGUAAUACCAUACCAAGCACAUGUCUGUGUUUGACCAUGCAUGCUAUAUAGCAUAUCGAUUAACCUCUCUUACUAUGUUUAGGAUGUCUUGGACCAAACACAAAAGGAGUUCUCUUGUUUUAGUAGCGUAGAUGAACUGGAGAAGCUAUUGGAAGUCAAAGCUGAAAUCAACCAGGUAAAUCCUGUCGUGCACUGUGGGUUGCUUUCUUUGUGUUGGUGAAACUUACCUCUUUCUUCACAUUGUCUUGUGUCAGACAGGAAGCUCAACAUAACAUAUCAGGAUUAUUCGCAGAGUGGGAAUUUUAGGCCAAAUGAAUGCACAUUUUGUAAUAUUUUAUAUUUGUAAUUACUAUAAGCAAAGUGGGUUGUAAAAUCACUGUGAAAACACUGACAGGAUUAUUUACUAAGGUGUUAAUUGUUGUGAGUUUAACAUUUUCGGUUUACUGGUGGGUGUGUUGUUACACAACUACCUGAGCCAUGUCUUUUGGCCACUCCUAAUUUAAUGCAUUGAAAAAUAAGAGAAUUUGUUGGCUCCAGUCUGAAAUGUCACAUUUAGUGGGGGGGGAAAUUAGGCUCACAUAAAAAUCUGUAGUGUAGGUAUUACUAAUUCUGCUUAUUUUGACAUUCUUUGCAGAAGAGUCUGGAACUGGAACUAUUGCAGCUACAGCAAGAGACUGCUGAUAUUGCCCACCCUUUUUUCCUAAGUAAGUGGAAUAUCUUUGAUUACCAAUGUGUUAGUUUGCUUUAGGGCAUAGUUAAAAAAACAAAACCCAUUUGCAUUUUUUUCUGAGCAGAAAAUUAACUGCACUCUCUGGUUUCAAAAGAAGCAAUUUAUUAUUAUUUAUUUUUAACUUUUUCUUGUCUGUUUUGUGUGCCUGUCGGAAAAAUUUACUUUAUUUUAUGUAAUGCAUUUAUACAACAGGCCAGAAAUGUCAAGCCUUACAAGUAAUGAACAGUCACUUGGAGGCUGUGCUGAAGGAGAAACGUGCCAUGAGGCAGAGAUUGGCUAAACCGCUGUGCCAGGAAAACUUGCCCAUUGAAGCAUCAUAUCACAGGUGACAGCAUGAUUUAACUGGGUGGACUGUUAGGAGAUUUUAUUUUUUUUAUAGCCCUCUUUGUAUCCCUUUCUUGUAAUUGUCCUAUUUAUAGCUAAAUCCUCCCUCUCAUAAUAUUGUAAAGCGCUACGGUAUCUGUUGGCGCUAUAUAAAUGGCGAUAAUAAUAUCCUGUUCUAACAGCAAAAUAGGAAGUGAAUUCUCAGUAGCUUGUUCUGCUUUUCUUUAGAUAUGCAUCUGAACUCUUAUCCCUCGCUGUGAAUUUCAUUGACAAGCUAGAAUUGUAUCUCAAAACCAUCCAGACAAUUCCUCAGCUUCAAGAGCAAACUAAUAACAUGGUAAGUUAUAGCAACAUUCUGUCCGUUUGCAGGUUUCUCGGGAAACUUAUAUGCCACAUCACCCUGUAACUAGAAACUAUUUUCCAGCCUCCAGGUUGGGGACUUCAUACAUCUUACCAGUUGUAGUGGGAGAUUUGGUUUAUCUAUUGAUUUUUGUAUUUUGCUCAGGGCACUUUAUCUGCAUUUCCUAUUUAUUCUGUCUCCCAGGAAGGUAUUAUAUUACUGUAUCAUGUUUAUUAUGUUUCACUAGCUUUACUUGGUAUUUUAAGAAUUGUUUGCUCUUUCACAUGCAUCCUUGUACCUGGGACGACUGUAGUGUCCCUUGUUAAUUUGUAUUCUGCUGUGACAAGUCUAGAGCAGGAUGGUUCUACAUCAGCCCUACAGCUACUGUUGGAUUCGAAGUCUCAUCAGUAGCUUUAAGAAGUUGUACAUGCCUGUCUUACUGUAUUCUAAUUUAUUCUCAAUGUUUCAUGUGAUCUGUAAUUCAAGCUGUGGCAGCUUGUUAGCACUGGUACCACACCUGGAUACUUGGCAAUAAAAUGUGUGUGAAGGCCACUAUAAUAUUGCAGACAGCUGGCUAACUUACCAUGAUUUGGUUUCAGGAUAAUGCUCUGGUGAGAAUAGAGUCUCUGGAAGCUGAGGUCGAGGAGCUGGUUGAGCGGAUUCUAGCAUGGAGAGAGGAACAAUAUGGACUUCUUCAGGCCACAUAUAGGAACAGCCAUGGGGCAGGUUCCAGAAACACAAAUGGAACAACAUCCUAUCUCUCUAUGGAGAACUUCUAUCCUUAGCUUUCAGGUGCUGAUGCUUUUGCUAAACAAGGAUGAAAGCAAGUACGCGUGAGCAUACAGUCAUUUUGAUUCCAUUACCUGAUCUCACACUUUGUAUUUUACAGCCUGCACUACACUUUAAAUCUCUGAUUCUGUUCUGAAGACUAAUUACUAGAGUCUCUGCUGCACCAGGUUGUCAGGGUUUACUUUAGAUUGUUGUAUGACUUUUGUGAGCACAACGUUCAUUGGAGCAGUCAACUAAACAUAAAUGCACUAAAAGGGAAUCGUGUAAAAUAAUUUUACAGCUGUAGCAGUUGAGUGGCACUUAAAGGACCACGAUAGUGCCAGGAAAACAUACUCGUUUUCCUGGCACUAUAGUGCCCUGAGGGUGCCCCCACCCUCAGGGUCCCCCUCCCGCCAGGCUGGAUGGAGAAGCAGGGGUUAAACUUGCCUCUUUCUACAGCGCCAGGCGGGGAGCUCUCCUCCUCUUCUCCUCCCUCUUCUCCUCCUCUUCGGCUCAAUGCGCAUGCGCAGCAGGAGCUGCGCGCGCAUUCAGCCAGUCCAUAGGAAAGCAUUCACAAUGCUUUCCUAUGGAUGCUGGCGCCUUCUCAAUGAGAUUUUGGCUGUCAAUGAGAUGGCCACUAAAGGCUGGAUUAACCCUAACAUAAACAUAGCAGUUUCUCUGAAACUGCUAUGUUUAUAGAAAAAAGGGGUUAACCCUAGAUGGACCAGGCACCCAGACCACCUCAUUAAGCUGAAGUGGUCUGGGUGCCUAUAGUGGUCCUUUAAGCAUAAUUUGAUGAGUGGGGAACAAUUGGUGCAAUCUAAAUUAAACAUCUAAAUGGACACUGUAGGCCCUGUAAAUGCUUUGUUUUAUUGAAGUGAUUAUAGCGUCUGGAAUCUGCUGGUGCUUGGCUUUUUAAAAAAUGUUUUAGGUAUUAAACCAUCUUUAAUAGUGGCCAGAGACCCUUAUUCUAACGCUGAACAGAGUGACAGUGCCAGGGGACUCUAGUCACUAUGAAAUGGUUAGAGUGACUGCAGUUUCCUUUUAUUUCCUUAUUUGGCUAAUCCGAUUGUGGUUUUUUUUUUUUGUUUUUUUUUUUUGUGGAAACUAUUUUGCAUGUUUUGUAAAGUGGUUUAAUAAUUUCUAAUAUGAUGAAGUUCUUUGUUCGUGACUAUUGUACCACUGUAGGACUUGACUUCAUAUUGUCAUUUGUUGAAAAUUCUACAUAGUACCCAUCGCUGCUCGGAUCUCUAUUCCCUUUGACUCAAACAACUAAAGCUGCAAUUACUAAUUGGAUUCCUUGAGCAUUGAUACUAAAUGUGUCCCUUCAGUUUUUUUUUUUUUCAGUACUGUAUUCCUUUGUGGGCAUUUUCCAUCCAUCUCUAAUGCUCUCUGUACAUUGUGUUAUUGAUUUUUACUUAACAGUACAGCAAAUAGGCAUACAUCCAUUUUUCUCCAGGUAAAGAAUUCUUAGCUUCAAGGAAUUUUUCGAUUUCCAUGCAAUCUUGCACUGUUCUUUCUCUGUAUAUGAGUUUAUAGUAAAGGCUAUUGUCACUUUUUGUUUCCACAAAAAUACUUUUUAUUUUUAACACGAUAAGUGCAAAAUACUUUAAAACAGUGUUGAUAACAAAAAUGAAAUGGAAGUAAGUGGAACAAAGGUGGCCAUUUUGGAGAAUUGGUAAGACAAUCUAGGACACGUUGCUGGAUUAACUGUGCGUCAGCCAUUGUGACAUGCUUUAUCUUACCUUUUUAGAAACUCUACAGUCGGCAAACGGUAUUAAAAUGCCAUAGCAAUAGAACAUAAGACUAGUGAUUAGGCAAGUGGCAAACCUCUCUUUAAAUCUGGAGUAAUAUCCAACAAUCAGGAGCCUCUUGUUCUGUUGUAUGGGAUUUUUCUCUUCCCUUAAAGUAGGUUUAACUCCUUCAUUACAGAUGACAUGUCCGGACAAUGAUUUAAGGAUUUUUGACAGUGAAUGUAUCUGUUAAAUGCAGAAAAUGACUUUUGACAACCUCAACUUUUUGUUACAUUAAAAAAACAAGACAACCUUAAUUAAACACUCUCCUUUUUCCUUUUGAAGAAAUGUGCAUGUGUCAUUCAAGUUAGAAAACCCAUUAAUGCAACAAGGUUUGGCUCGUUAGUACAAAACAUCCUUUGAUAAAAUCCCAGAAGGUGCUUUGUCAACGUUACUCUAUAAAACCUUUUGGGUCCAUCUGGGUCUUGUCUAUUAGCAGUCCAGUCUUCUGUGGUCCUUCUUCCAGAGACUCGUCCAGUUUCAAAACCUUUGGAAUCAACACUUCCUCUUGGCAAAGCCUUGACAUCUGUGAUACACACAACCAGAUCAGUUUGGUUUAAUAAUGUUUUUACAGAAUUCUAGCAAUUUCUUUUUUCUUUUUUUUUUUUUUUUUUAAGCAUUGUACAACUGUAGCCAAAAUCCAUUGCUUACAACAUUUGACUUUCUGUCUACCUUUAGUGUUCCCAAGACAACCCAUACAUACCUCCUGUUGGAUCAAUGACCUCAUUUGCUGAUUUCCUUCAUUCUUUAUGUUGAAGGCAGUCAGCGUUUGGUUCACCUCUCUAAAUAGACAAAGAAUAUGUAAUUCCACCUUAAAACUGCAGGAGUAAUGCAUAAUCUGGUCACAUUUGCAAAUAUUUAAGAAUAAAAUGUGUAAAGUAUACAUAUAAAUUCUUAUUCAUGCAUGGUUAAGUCACCCAUUAUUUUAAGGCAUUAUGUGGACAAACUCACCUUUUCACAAAUUCGUUAGAUUCCAGGACCAGCUGAUCCUGUAGUGCACUCUGAACAUCCGUAUCACACAGGCGUAGAGUGGCGAUACAGUGACAGGCUUCUAUACGCACUGCUGGCACAUCACUUCUUAUGGAUCUCAGCAGAAUCUCUUUUACACGAGUGGUCACCUGUCCGAUAUUGCCCAAAGCUGGAAAAAGGUGUAAUAAUUUAUUGAUCUUUUGUACAUGUCAUUUUAAUAAACUCAAGGAGAUCUUUAUUUGUGUCUUGGUUGUAUUUUACCCUGACAUCACUUUCUGCAUCUGAAACAGACAUUGGCAUUGGCCUCUUUCAAAGAACUAGUCAUGACUCCCCUCUGCAGCCUUGUGUUUUGUCGUCCCGUUUGUAAUUGUUCCUGUCCCAGUGCUGCGAGUGAAAGAGCUGCCUAUUGUAGUGCUUUCAUUACAAAAAACAAAACAAAACCCUGUGAAUGAAUUCUCUAUCAUAUUAAGUAGACCGUGUUAAUUGCAGAUGGAAUAAAUUGCUUCUGUAACUAGAAGGAAGUACUUCUGCAUAAAUAUUUAGCAUGG